AUGGACAAGGAGAACGAACCACCGCAUGAACGACGUCCACGUGUGUACAGAGAGCUGAAAUCUUCGCGGUCUGCGUCUGCACCGCCACAGUUGAGGCAAUUUGCUGACGUGUUCUUUUUCAACCCCGCCGCCGUCCUUCACCAUCGGCCCACUGCGGCUACCUGUCUUCUUAUUUUCAUCCUAUUUUUUUAACCAGAACAACGUUGAUGGUGAUGGUCUUUUCGUACGAACAGACAAGGGUUCUAUGAGCUUGCGCGAGUAUACUUGUCUCCGCGGGCGAAUCAAGUUCGCGUGAGUACCGGCGGCUCAACGAUCGGGGCGCGACGCCAUCUCGUCGAUCUGACUGCUCAGUGCUCACCAUCUGUGUGAUGUCCUUCAUGGUCGGCAUGCCAACCAGACGUGGACUCGAGAGUACCACACGCCUAAGGAAUUCAACCUCAAGGACGCGUUCAGGCUCAUUCAAGCCAAAACGCAAAGCAACACUACUGUGUGGGGACGUCUUGGACUUGCAAAACAACGAGAUAUCGUCAAAUAUGUGAGUUGCGCGGAACCUGCCAGUCUUGUACGGAGCGUGCGCUUGCUCGGGCACUCACUCGUCACUCUCGUUCAGAUUCGUGAGCGCACGGCUUUCUUAAGGGCCACAUCGGGCGACUGGCUCUAUGAAGAACUUGUUAUUGAUGUGUUGGCGAAUGUCCGACCCGCGUAUAGACUGCAGUACGACCGUGAGGCCUGUCGGUUGGCGGGAAUCAUGGGACGGCUUUCCAGGGCGGACAUCACAAGAUUGCGCAACGAGCUAG